GGCACCGGAAGCGGCCGCAGGGAGCCGGAAGCGGCCUCGGGGCAGCGCCAUGGCGGCGUUCCGGGAGCUGGGGCUGGCGCCGUGGCUGGCGGAGCAGGCGCGGCAGGUGGGGCUGAGCCGGCCCACGGCCGUGCAGGCGGCCUGCAUCCCGCCCGUGCUGCAGGGCCGCGACUGCCUGGGCUGCGCCAAGACGGGCAGCGGCAAGACGGCGGCCUUCGUGCUGCCCGUGCUGCAGCAGCUCUCCGAGGACCCCUACGGCAUCUUCUGCCUCGUGCUGACGCCCACCAGGGAGCUGGCCUACCAGAUCGCCGAGCAGUUCCGCGUGCUGGGGAAGCCGCUCGGCCUCAAGGACUGCGUGGUGGUGGGCGGCCUCGACAUGGUGGCCCAGGCCCUGGAGCUCUCCCGCAAACCCCACGUCGUCAUCGCCACGCCCGGCAGGCUGGCCGAUCACCUCCGCAGCUCCAACACUUUCAGCCUUAAAAAGCUGAAGUUCUUGGUGCUGGACGAAGCCGACCGGUUGUUCGAGCAGGGCUGCGCUGACUUCACCGCCGACCUGGAGGUGAUCCUGGAGGCUGUUCCCGCACGCCGGCAGACGCUGCUGUUCAGCGCCACGCUGACCGACACGCUGAACGAGCUGAAGAGCCUGGCCAUGAACAAACCUUUCUUCUGGGAGGCUGUGUCUGAGGUGCGGACGGUGGAUGAGCUGGACCAGCGUUACUUGCUCGUACCCGAAGCGGUCAAGGACGCCUACCUCGUCCAUUUAAUCCAGACCUUCCAGGACGAGCACGAGGACUGGUCUGUUGUCAUCUUCACCAAAACCUGCAAGGAAUGCCAAAUCUUGAACAUGAUGCUUAGGAAGUUCAAUUUUCCUUCCGUAGCUCUGCAUUCCAUGAUGAAACAGCGGCAGCGAUUUGCAGCUUUAGCAAAGUUCAAAUCCAGCAUCUUUAAGAUUCUUAUUGCUACAGAUCUUGCUGCCAGAGGCUUGGACAUUCCCACAGUGCAAGUUGUCAUUAACCACAACACUCCAGGCCUGCCAAAAAUCUACAUUCACCGCGUUGGCCGGACAGCCCGUGCAGGUCGGAACGGAAUGGCCAUUACAAUGGUGACGCAGUACGACAUCCAUCUCGUACAUGCUAUCGAGGAGGAAAUCAAAAUGAAGCUGCAGGAGUUCUCUGUGGAGGAGCGGUUUGUGCUUGACAUCCUCACCCACGUGAACGUCACCAGGAGGGAGUGUGAAAUAGAACUGGAGUGCAUGGAUUUUGAUGAGAAGAAAGAAAUAAAUAAGCGGAAACAAAUGAUCCUUGAAGGGAAGGAUCCAGAUCUGGAGGCAAAAAGGAAGGCGGAGCUGGCCAAGAUCAAGAAGAAAAACAAGAAAUUCCGUGAGAAGGUCCAGCAGACACUGCAGGAGCAAAAGCAGCUGCAGAUGAAGAGGAAACUGCAGAAGAAGAUGGAGCGGAAGAACAGACUGCAAGCUAAGGAGGAGAAAUAACAUCCUUUGGCCUGACAUGUUCACAGGGAACACGGGAGCCCUGCUGGCUGGCUCAGACUGCCCUAACGUUGCCGCUCCUUUGAGAAUACUGGGAUUUAAGGGUAUUUAAUAUGGACAAUUCUGACCCGAAGUCAGUGUUGGAGAGUAGGGGAAAGGUGGGUGGGGGGAGAAGGGACGCUUUGAUAAACCAUCCCCGUUACUUCUCCUUUCUGUGCAAUGCUGCUGGCCGGGGCCUUUCCUGACAGGCUGGAUCUGUCUCCUGAAGAAUGUCUUUCAAGAGCAUGUUUCCUUCCUCCACCAAAGGAGAGGCCAGACCUGAAUUCUUGGUGACGCGAAGGGAAAUAAAAAUCCUCUCUCUCUCCCCUUCAUUCAGUCGUUGCUCUUUCCCUUUCAAGGGCUGGUGCUUGCCACUCACACUUGUUUGUAUCAACAGAUUCUCCCCUGAGCCAGAGUCUAAAAAUAAUGUGACGAGAUGACUUCAGCCCCGGCGUGUGCCAUAGUCCAGGGUUUUCUGAGAGGAAAAUUCCUGGAACACGUGGGGAGGUUGUACUGCGGUCCUGGGACUACCUUGUGAUAAUUCUGCUUUGUAUGCUUAGUGGCACUCUUGCCUCUGAGGCCUUCUGCCUCAGCUCCGACUACAGCCCAGGCUAACCUUGGGGAUAGCAAAGUCUUGGGGUUCUCUCAGUGACCUGGCCUGCUGGGGACUCUUGUUUUUGCAGAUGAUCAGUUCAAAGCUCUGUUUGGGUUUCAUCCUCGGUGCCUUCUUUAAUGUUCAGAGCUUCCUCUGACUUGGGACUGGAGAACUGUUAUUUCUGUCCUCUGGCUUACAAAAAUAGUUUCUGUGGUCGGCACCCAAAUAAAUACUUUUGCAACAA